GGAGUAGCUGGAUUCGGUUUUUAAAAAACGCCGCCACUGAAUUGGCGGCGGUGAGGGCAAUUCGAAUAGCACCCAGCCGGGGCACGCGGCCGGGACGCCCCGGCCCUCCCAGCCUCUGUCCCCGGACCCAGAAGAUCUAGAAGGAGCCGAGGGGCUGCAGCCCUGCUCGCCCGCCAUGGGCCCGCACCGCCCGAGACGCAAGCCCGAAACACCAAGGAGGCGCCCGGUGAGCCCGGCUCCCGCCGCCCGCCGGCCUGCCCGGUCCUUAGGCACAUCCUCCCGUCCACUUGCUCGCCGGGGACGUGGAAUCCUGAAGGAGAUCCGAACUCUUCAGAAGACCACACACCUGCUGUUAAGAAAGACCCCCUUCUGCCGCCUGGCAAGAGAAAUAUGUGUUCAAUUCACUCGUGGUGUGGACUUCAAUUGGCAAGCCCAGGCCCUGUUGGCCCUACAAGAGGCGGCAGAAGCAUUUCUAGUUCAUCUCUUCGAGGAUGCCUAUCUCCUCUCCUUACACGCCGGCCGCGUCACGCUCUUCCCCAAGGAUGUGCAGCUGGCCCGGAGGAUCCGAGGCAUUCAGGAAGGGCUUGGCUGAGCUCUGGCCACCCGUCCGAGUCUCUGUAAGCGUUUCCUGCUCACCAGAGAGUGAGCAGACCUUGCCCGGAGAGCGUUCAACUUCCCACCACCAGGGUGGGAAUUUCUCUGAAAGAAGCUUCCUUCUCCAUCCUGACUCCUUUGCUGCCUCGCCUCCCCUUUGUUCUCUAGGAAAGCUUUGACCUAGUUUUAACUUGAAUGUUUGGGAUUCUGUGGCUCAUGUCCUUUUGUACAAAGUUAUUUUUCAGUUUUAAUUUUGACUUCCCUGUAGCUCAAAUGGCAAAGACUCUGCCAGCCAUGCAGGAGACCUGGGUUUAAUCCCUGGAUCAGGAAGAUCCUCUGGAGAAAGUAAUGGCAAUCCACUCCAGUAUUCUUGCUUGGAGAACUCCAUAGACAGAGAAGCCUGAAGGUCUACAGUUUGUGGGGUCACAGAGAGUCAGACAUGACUGAGCAACUAACACACACUUAUUUUUCAAUUAAAUAAUGACAGAGUUCAUCCUCUCUGUUUUUCAAGGAUCAGAUGACCUUGUGGGAUUCUUUGGGUUUGAUUUUUUAAUUGGAAAAUAAUGGCUUUACAAUGUUGUAUUGGUUUCUGUGGUAUAACAACAUGAAUCAGCCAUAAUUAUAUAUAUAUAUACCCCCUCCCUCUUGAGCCUCCCUCUCCUCUAGGUCAUCACAGAGCGCCAGGCUGGACUCUGUAUGUUAUACAGCAGCUUCUCCGUAGCUAGUUAUCAUUCACACACAAUAGUGUAUAUGUGAUGACCUCGUUUUGAUUGAAGAAAGUUCUUAUUUUUGAAAAUGCCUUGUUAGUUAAUAUGAUUCCUAAAUUUCAGGGUUGGUACCAGAGCUUCUGCCUGUAGCCAGCUCCAGAUCCACGGAGUACAAGGUGUUGCCUGGACUUGCUCUCUCGAAGCAGAGCGUGCGAGUUGCUUUCGUAGUUAGUUUUUUUUUUUAGAAGAAGACUUCAUGGCUUUCCUCUGUAACAGAGGUAAUAUAUGAGAGAAUCAACACAUUCCAGAAAUCCUGAGAAUAAUUUUCAGAUGAAGAGACUCUAAGGUUGACUUCACUUUGCAAAUUAUUCAUGUGACUGAUGAUUUGGAAGAGAUCAGAUUUUCUAGGUUAAGGGGGAAAAGGAUAUUUACUAAUUAUUUUAAAUCUUCUUAUACCAUUUAAAUUUUUUACCAUAUAUAUAUAUAUUUACUUUUAUUUAAAACAUGAUGGAAAAAAAUAAGAGAAGACCAGUCAGUUGCAUGGAAGAGCCUGGCGCAUCCAGCGUACAAAUCUCUGUCCUUCAGAUUGACUUCAUCGUUAACAGCAGAAGCAAGUUUGUAUGUGGACUGUACCCGUCAAAAGAUUAUACAGCUUUUCAAAAACUCAUUUGGGAUGAAAACAGAAAAUUGUUAAGGUUUGAUGUUCUGGGUCCUUCUGGUAAAUUCCUGCCAAAAUCAUUCAGAAAUUCCAACUUGUAGAAUUUAUUUUAUUUUUUAUUUGCAAGUCAUAGAAGAUGUAUCAUAAUUUAUACUUCAGAAUUUUUCAUUCCAGGAUUUUAAAGAGCCUUUUCAAUGUUUUUAUAGGUAUUUUUAUAACUUCCUUGUGGAGAGAUAAUAAAAAUAAUUCUUAAUGAAAAAAACGUGAAGCAAAGUUACUGUUAUACAUAGAUUAUACUGUGUUCUUUGUGUGUUAGCAUUAAAUUCUUCAUUUGGACACUUUGCCAACAACCACAAUUUAAACAAGAGAAUUGAGGGAUGUAUCUUUGCCUCCAGUGGAGUAGGGUAUGAGCCGAUAAAAUCCUUGCCCUUCUCUUUUAACUGAAAACAGUUUAAGAGACUUCCAGGGAAAUAGGAAGUACCAUACUGUGUGUGAUAAUGAUUAGUGAGGACGGAUACUAAUAACGAUGUGUCAGCCAACUGAAUUCAAACUAAAGGGAAGGACCAAGUUCUGUUGUUUGAUAAAUUUUAACCCUUUGUAAAAACCUUUUCCUGUUCAACAUCAACUCAUUUUUAUGUAAACAUUGGAAUAAAGCUUAUCUACGAAUACA